GCCGGGCCAGGACUGAGACCUGAAGCCCAAGUAAGACUGGGCUCCGGAGGUCUUCCCGGGAGAGCGGCCCCCGCCUCGGCCCUGAAAGUAGCGGAAGUGGGGGACCCACGCAAGGACACCCCAGGGGCAAAGCAGAGGGGAAGCAGUGAGGAGAGGCCCACCCUGGGGCCUAGUGGUGCCCUGGCCGCUCACCUGUACUCAGGGCCCUCGGGCCGCAGUGCCUCCAGUAAACCAGGAGCCGGGGAGGGCAGGGGCUGUCUGACCCGCUCUGUGCCCCGCCCCUGACCCAGCCUGAGUUGAAAUCAAGGACCAGCUGCCAUUCAACUCCCCACUGCCACUCUGUCCUCUAGCCUCCAUCCAUGGCGCCCCUGCUCACCCUGUUCCUCGUGGCCCUGGUGGGCCUCCCUCGGGCCCAGGCUCUGGACUGCCACGUGUGUGCCUACAACGGCGAGAACUGCUUCAAUCCCAUGCGCUGCCCGGCCAUGGUCACCUACUGCAUGACCACACGCACUUACUACACGCCGACCAGGAUGAAGGUGAGCAAGUCGUGUGUGCCCAGCUGCUUCGAGACCGUGUACGACGGUUACUCCAAACAUGCCUCCACCACAUCUUGCUGCCAGUAUGACCUCUGCAACAGCGCUGGCCUCGCCGUGCCGGGGGCCCUGGCCCUGGCCCCCAUCCUCCUGGCUACUGUCUGGGGUCUGCUCUAAAUCCCUGCCCCCCACCAAGACCCACUCAAGCACCGAGUUCUGAGAGGCACAGCCCUACCUUUUCACCCUGCGUCCCCCACCCACCUGGUGCCCUUCCCCCAGCCACACCCAGGACCGUCAGCCUCAGGACUCGGGGGGCUCGCGUCCUGGGGCCUCCUCCCAGACCAGGACUUUCAUUCUCAAAAGGUUGAUGUGGGACCAGCCCUCCCAAAGUUGUCUGGCCUUGGUGGGAGAGCUCGCCCCUCCUCUGCCCAAGGAGGGGGGUGUCUGGCAAAAUGUGCUGCUCAGUUGGGGUUCUCAGUUGGCUGAGGAACACUGAUUUGAGGGGAGACUUGGCCCACCUUCCUGGCAGCUGCCGCAGUCUGCCCAGUAAGGGUGCGGAGGGGUGGGGGACAGUAGGGACCCAGGAUGGGUGGGGGGCACCCUAGGAAGAAGGGCUUUCUGGAGGCGCAUGAGGGCUGUCUCUGUGGGCAUGUGAGGAAGGCCUUGUCCCCGUCAGCCGUCCCAGGGAGUAGUGCAGGGAAGUCCUGUGUCUCCAGGCGGCCCUGGGCAGGGGAGGGGGCGGGCCCGUCCUGAAGAGAGCCCUGAGGCCCCCAGCCCCAGAAGCCUGGUGAGAGGUUCUUCCCCUUCUUGCCAGGCCAAACCCUUGACCUGCCGCAUGCCCCACCCUGGCCUGACGCUGCAGGCACUUGGCAGGGCAGGCAGGCUAUAUUUGGUGGAGCCUGAGAGCUGACCGGGGGCUAUUUUUGGCAAGGAGAAGGUGGGGCCAAACAGCUUGGUCUUUCAGCCCUCGCCUGCCCCUUCAUGGAGUGGGUUGAGCAGCAGCACGCAUCCCGGUUGGCCUGGGGUGGAGGGGUGAGUGGGGC